AUGGCGGUGGCCUUGUCACCCGAUCAAGAGUUGGCGACAAAGGCGUUUUUGGACGCGUUAAGUGAAUCUGGAGCAGCGUGCGUGUCGCGGGCUACUGCAAUCAAAUUUCUGCUCGCGCGCAAGUUUGACGUAGCACGUGCGCAUGCGUUAUGGCGGCAACACGAGGCUACGCGGCGCAGAGAGGGGCUAAAUAAGUUCGAGCCUUUUGAAGACCCCUUGAAAUCGGAAUUGGAGACUGGAAAAUUUACUAUAUUGCCGACGCGCGAUGCAACAGGUGCUGCUAUUGCCGUGUUCACUGCAAACAAACAUUUUCCAUCGCAAACUACUCAUCAAACCACGUUACAGGGUGUCGUGUACCAGUUGGACGUAGCACUACAGUCGUUAGAUACACAGCGUGCGGGCUUGGUGUUCAUCUACGAUAUGACAGAUUCUAAGUACACCAACUUCGACUAUGAACUCUCACAGAAGAUUCUUACUAUGCUCAAGUGUUCUUGGAUAUCCUUUUCUGCCUGGAUGUAUCCUGUACCUGCCUGUCUCAAAUCACUCUUGAAGUUCCUGUCAUAUUCUUUUUGA